AUGUACGCAGCUGCAGAGGCUACUCGAAGUCAGCAUGUCAAUAGCGCGCGCGUUGGUCAAUGCGCGGAUCUCCGAAUCCUCACUAAUCAACUCAAUGACCUUCUUCGCCUCCCAAUUCAUCCCCUAUUUGUGUUUGAUGGAAUCGAACGCCCCUCGGAGAAGCGCGGAAAGCAUGUCGACACUGAGAACAAGCACCGGUUGGAAAAGGGCUUCAAGGACUUCAUUCGAGCUUAUGGCUUUGAUUAUCAUAUUGCCCCAGGUGAAGCAGAGGCUGAGCUAGCGGUCAUGAACCGGAUGAAUCAUUUGGAUGGAGUUCUAACGAGUGACAGUGAUGUAGUACUUUUUGGAGCAGGAUGUAUUAUCCGAGAGUGCCUUACUAGCCUCAGGGAUAGCGACCAUCAAGUCGAGAUCCACACUGAGGAGUCUAUUCGAGCUAAUGGCUGGAAUAGCCAGCGUUUGCUUCUGGUAGCACUGCUCUCUGGAGGAGACUAUGACAUGGGCGGGGUCAAGGGCUGUGGGAUUGGUGUCGCUUCGCAGCUGGCAAAGGGUGAACUUGGCGAAAAACUUGUUCACGCUUUCAUGGGCUGCUCGGCGCCAGAAUUCUUACGAUAUUGUACGGAGUGGAGAAACGAUCUCCGUGACAUGCUACGCAAGAACACGGAGGGAGCCCUUACUCGUAAGCACAGCGAUAUUGCAGACAAUGUUCGAAACACCUUUCCAUCACUCACUGUACUGGGGAACUAUCUUUGUCCGAUCACAUCACACUCGCUUGCUCUUGACGAACCUCGAGCGAUUGGUGGACUGCGCUCUCCGCAAUCCCACCAGCCAAAUGUGGCACAGACAGCUUCUUUAUUCAAGCACUACUUCGAUUGGCCAUCGGCAACAGUGGAGAAGUAUGUUCGCGACAACAUCUGGUUCGGGAUAUACAUGCGAGCAUUGUUCCGUGUACGUCAUACUGCUGCAUGCGGAGACCAGGACUGA